UUUCAACAAUGAGAACGGGAGAAGGGGCUCCCGGAUGCCCCUCUGGGACAGAGCCAGCUGGGUAUAUCAUAAGAUAAGAUAAGAUAUGAACAACUUUAUUUAUCCCGAGGGAAAUUGUUGUGUCAUGUACAUGCUCAAAGCAGUAGGAAAGACAAAGGAACAGGUGAAAUAGAAAUAUGAUAUACAAUGUAUACAGUAAAAAAUAAUCUACAGUAGUACCCUGUAGGAUCAUGAACUCCUGGAAACAGUGGAACCUGAUCUGCCUCUCUCAACUGUCUGUAGAGGAUUCUGAAGAUGUUUGGAUAUUCGUUGUUUUGGUGUCAGGAUUCCUGCUGUUUGGCCUGAGCGGUUGCCUGACUUACCGGAAAAUUAAUGAGCUUUUGAGGAAUAUUGGCUCAAUCCCGGAGCUCAGUGAUGCACAAACUCAUAUAAUUGUCGAGAUGACUCGUAAGCUUGGAACUUUGGCUGAGCUUCAGGUUCUGGCAUAGAAGGUGGAUUCCAUCAAGAGGCAAGUUGACGGAACAGCACGGAUUGGGAUAGAUUAAUUAUUCCGUUAUUGGAUCUAGAGGGGUUGAAGACCAACAGAACUCUAAGGCAGAGAGGAAAUUAUCUCUAUCUGUCCCCAAAACAAUUCUUAUCUGAAUCUGGUGCCCUUGGAGCCUGUGAGGUUGAAGUAUAAACUCCCCCCUCAGACGAAAUGUGGAAUGCUGUCGUCGCUUUGGAAACUCUUUCUCCCUAUCCCAGGCUGGGCGCACUCUAAAAACCUCAACUACAGUUUUGUCAUUAUAACACAUAUUUCUAAGUUAAGUGAGCAUUUUUUUUCUAAAAUAGUUUAACUGAAUUAAAAUGUUAAGUUCACAAAUUAGUUGUCCAUUUAAACUCAAUUUUUCAGUUGAGACAACUUUAGGUAAUGAGUGGUGCAUCCAGAGAAGCAACUAAGGGCCCCACACAUGGUAAACUUUGUUGAAGUAUUGGAAAUCAUGUAAUUUAUCCAUGAGAAUACAAUGAAUACUUACAUUUAUACCUUUGCAUUCGUAUAUAUUUGUGUUUUUAUGUGUUUGUAAACAUUUUAGUUUAACAUGCCAAUCUGGUGCCAUUAAUGUUAAACUGACUGUGUAAAGUAAUCUAAUAAACAUUAAUUCAUCUUAAAAAAAAGUCAUGUUUCAAACAUUGGCAGAAAUUUGUUUUUAAUAUAUCUUAGUAACAUUAACUAAAGUACUUCAAAGUUUUUGAAAGUUUUUGUAACUUACACUCAUACCAUUUUUUAACUUCUUACUUUUAAAAAAUAAAGCAUAAAUGUAUUUUAAUGAUAAAUGUGUUAUUUCUUAGAGUUAAACUUUGUAUAAUUUUACUCAUUUUCUUAAUGAUGUGAAUCUGCACCUAAAAUAAUUAUCUUCUCACAAAACGCUCUCAAAACAUUUGAUUUUUGUAUAGCUUUAUGUGUAUUUGUAUAAUUAAUCCCCCUUAAUGAUUGUUAACAUAAAUGUAUUCCACUGAAUUGCAUAUUUUGUUUGUUUUAACGUUGUUUAAUCUAUUCGUACUUUGUUACAUUAUGGUUUUGAAAUAAAUCAAUAAAAAACAACGGAAACAGUUUCGUUUUAGAGAGAAACGAAAUGCGAUUCAGACGCCCGAUCGAUAGGUGGCAGACAGUUCGAGAAAUUCAAGAAUUUAGAGACAGUCGUCAUUUCCGGAAGCCGGGUUAGCGCGGUACUGAGCCGGAGCGGAAUUUGGACGAGACGCACAGCACCGUUGGUCUGAACGUUCUGUAUGUAUGCUGUUUGAUCAGGUAAGCCUCUUUAUGAUAUAAACGUUAUUUUGCUGGUUGCCGCUCAAAUGCCUUAAGUAUUUAAACACAUUGGUAUAUUGAUAGAAUUGGACUUUCGUACUGGUCGAGGCCAAGCUAGCAAAGGCUAAUUCUUGUGUAAGUGAAAGUGUGUGCUUGCUCUGGCAUUCUACCAUCUAAGUCUACUCUAUUUUUUUUUGACUGGGAAAUGCUUUUAUUUGAUUUAUUUAGUCCCCAGCGUCCAACUUCAUUGGUAUUUAUCCUCAUAUCUUUCGUUUUAUGUCGCCAUCUGUCGAGAUUAACCGUUGUGCGCGCUCAUUUUCCCUAGUGGAUGGCGCCACACGUUUUUUGUGGAACACGGACAUAAAAGUGUCUAGAGCCCUUUUCAGAUAGACAUUCUGGAACAUUUGUGGACAAUUCAAUCCGGUUUUUAAGAGGAACUGUGUUUUCAGACACGCCACUUUUGUACCGGAACUUGUCCUUUCGGCUGCGUUCACACAGCAGGGAAAAGUUCCAGAUGUCUGACGGCGGCGGGGGGUGGGGGUGGGGGGAGAGAGAAUCGGACUCAUGUUAAGAAGAAGAAGAAAAUAUCAUUUCUAUAGCGCCUCUCAAGAUAAAAAUCACGAGGCGCUUAAGCAUAAUUCUGCGCACGAAGACGCAUAAGAGACCUGGAUGAUGAAGCUCAAUGGUUAAAGGAAUCACUGAAGCGGUGUGAAGCGCUCCGUCGCGCGUCUAGACGGUAUCGUUUGUCAGAAUCAUCAGUAUUCUUGUUCAUUCUUCAGCCAAGGUGUCUUUCUUGUGCAGAAAACUCAUGUCAUGGUACAUUGAACAUUGCAGAUGCUAUGAAGUAUCUGAAACAACUGACAUUGAAAUUCUUGAGGAAGAAGAUCUUAAUGAUAUCCAUCCUCUUACGUCUUAUGUUAUUCAGGGAAAAGCUGUUGUCUCCCUGAAGAAGUUCCUCCUCCACCUUUAAGAUCAUGCUGUUUCGUGUCAUUGUGUCACCAGACAACAUCAGAAGGGUGGAUAUUUCGGAGAGCCUGUGUUCAGUAGAACAUUUAAAGAACAUUCUUCAAGAAUGCCUUGAACUUGCAGGUGAUAUUUUGAUUCAGUUUGAGGAUCCUGAUUUUGGGAAUGAACUGUGCAAUUUAACAGACAUUAAAGAACUUCCUAAAGACAAAGCAGUACUGAAGAUUUUGUAUCAAGGAGCAAUCCAACAAAGAGAUGAAUCUGCAUCCUCAAUUUCUUCCACGCCAUCUUUAAAUGACUUAGCUCCAUCAACCAGCAGAAGUCGGAGUUCAACCCUACAUCUUACACAGCGAGACAGUGGAAUGGAAAAUACUUUUUCCAUGAGGAGGAAGGAAAUAGUGGGAAAACAACCCUUUGUCUCUGAUGUGAUGAAUCGAUGGCUUGCGCUGUUCUUUGAAGAACAGAUAUGUGCUGAGUUUUUUCGAGUUACCCGGGUGGAGCUGAUGAAGACCUUCUUGUCAUAUCUGGAUGAACACUCUGCACAACUCAUAAAGCUGUACAGAUCGCGCUCUGGAAAACUUGACAAGGAGCUCAAGAACCUUCUAGAUAUAUUUGAUGAGAAGACGACCGAUGUACUUGAAUACAGAAAGUCUACAGCUCUUCGAGGUCUGCCUCUAUAUUUGAAGGAACAGUCUGAUGGGUUUCUAAAAACGUGUCUGGAUACUGACCCAGUGGAUGUGGCUGUCCAAGGCAUGGAACUUGGUAUUCUCACGGUUGUCGAAGAUGAUGUUGGAACAGUUAACUCAUUUCCAACAACAAGAAGCAUCGCCCUGAUUAUUGAGGAGCAGAUUGUCCUUGAUGACAUCAGCAGUUUCCCAACUGCAUUUGCACUUCUCUUCGGCCUCAUAUAUGCUCUUAACCUGGACUAUCCUAAGAACUUGAGGUACACUUUUGAGGCCACUCAAAAGGGUUUCCUCAGUCUGGGAACCGACUGCUCAGCCAGAGUCCAGGCCCUAAAGAAUAGUUUGCUGAAAUAAAGAUGGUGUUUUCUCCUACUCUGGUGAGUGCUGAGAAGGUAAGAGACGGCAAGUUGUUCUUCAAUGUUAAGCGUUGCUAAAGCAUUGUUUAGAAUGUUUUCAUAUAAAAAUAUAAUGAAUGUUGAAAUGGCUUGUUCAGGGGUGGUUAUUUGUAUAUAAUAAGUGUUCUCUCCUCUACGAGUUUCUUAAUCUCCACCAGCCAUACAGAUUCUAAAGACUGGCAGGUGCCAAGCAGUCUUUUAUUAUUAUUAUUAUUAUUUUUUGUGUAAGUUGUUUAACAAAUGUCAAAUGUUUCAAAAGCAGUAUUUUAAAUGCUUUUAAAUGAAGAUUUUCUGAAUGUUAAAAUGGCUUCUUCAGGGAUUACUGUUGUACAGAAUUGUACAUCUUUUUCUAAUACUUUUUUACAUGCCAAAGUUAUCCAAAACAAUAUUACAAGGUAGCCACUAUACUGAGCUCUACAGAAGUUUAUAACACUGUUAUCAAUUAUUUUUCUUUGUACUUCAGAGUACAAUAUCCAGGAUGAGAUGAAUAUUUUUCAGUGUCAUUGUUGUGGCAUAUUUUCAUUUAUGGUAAGGAUAUAU